AUAUGCUGAUAGGGAUAUGGAGGAACCGACGCCAGGAAAGUGGCGACUUUUAGCCUGACCUUGCGUGGCUCGCGCGAGGGUCGGUCGCGCUGGAAAGGCGAAAACAAUUCAUUGCACCAGCCCCGAGGCCACUUGCCCCACACACAACAUAGAUACAUAUUAUAUAUGUAAUAUGAAAUACUCGCACAGGCAAGCAGCCGCAUGGCGCAGCCACCAUCACCAGCGCAGCAGCCCCAGUUCCAGCCACCAACACCGGGCGCCAGCUUUCCCAGCCCCCCGCGGCAGCAGCCCGUGCCCCCGCCCCCCGCUGCAGGCCCCGGCCCCAGCCCCAGCCCCAGCCCCAGCCCCGGCGCCAGUCCCAGUCCCAGUCCCAGUCCCAGUCCCAGUCCCAGUCCCAGCCCACGGGCCGCCAGCCCACCGCCUCCCCACCCAAGCCCUAGUCCUAGUGGGGCGCCCGCGCCGACACCUCCGCACGGGGAGGCAACGUAUGGGCCCUACACGUCGCGCACAGAGGGCGACGAGAUCCUGGUACUCACAGUGCAGCUGGACCCCCGGACCAGUAGCGCUAGCAGCGGCGGCGGCGUGCCGCCGGGGCAGGACGGCUCCAACAGCCCGCCCGGCGCCUGGGACCAUCGCGACCUGACCACGGUGGUGGACGACGAACAGCGGCUGUACUUCCGUGUACGGCCGGAGGGCACGGGGCCGCCGCUGCCGGACGGCACUCGGGCGCCUGUGUACCGGCGGCUGUUGUUCAGUGAGCCGGCGGACCCUCAGGAGGUGGCCGCGCUGGAGACCGGGGACCUGGUGUACCACCGGGGUGUGGAGCGCCAGCCAUGGGCAGCGAGGGACCCGGCGCGGCGGCGAUGCUGCAGGCGUGGCAGGAGUGAGGAGUGCAGCGGGGUAUGCAGCGGAGGAUGGGAUGUGAAGUUGUGGGGGGAGGGCGGGGGAGGGGGCCGUGGGCCGAGAGGUUUUGCGCGGGCGUAGCAGGAGGAGCGUAGGUGGCUCCAAAGGCCGAGGGGCUUGCGGGUGUCUUGUUGCUAGGGCGCUGGGAAGACAAGGGACGGCAUCGAGGUGAAGCUGGACGCUGUGUUGGUGGCACGCCUUGUGUAGUUGGUCACAAAUCUAGGCUCCAACGCUUGCACCGGUGCGUGCGUGUGCGUCUGUGUGUUUGCGAGUAGGUGCCACCAUACCGGCUAGUGAGUUGAGACUCGGAAGAGUCCGCUGCAGCCCAUUUUGAUUUACCGUAUGGCAGAUUUGUGCAGGUUGGCAUCUUUUGCAUCGCUGUUGUGUUGUCAACCCAUGACUCCUGAGCCUAAUUACCGUAUGUGCAUUGGUUUAGGUGCCGAGACGUGGCGUGGCGUGUAGGGUCGUCGUGUGAGUUUUGACAGUCACGCGUUGUCUCUUCUUGAGGGGAUGCGUGCAUUGGGGUAGUAUUGCAAUGGGCCCAUGCCGGCCUAACAGUAGGGAGCGGAUUUCAUUGCUUGAUGCCACACAAUGUAAGACUAGUACGUUGGAGACAUCGUUGGGGACGUGCACUUCCCUGCGCGUUCUCCCAAUGUGGGUCCGUUUGCUGUGUGUUGUAGCUACGGCCGCAGACGUGGUGUGCGUAGUAGCCGGCGACCCCCGCCGAUGCAUAAAUUGUUGCACAGCAAGAUAAGUCAUUGCGCUGUAUGCGCUGUGUUGAGGCGUGUGGGCUAGAAAGUAGAAACACGUGUGGGCUAGAAACAUGUGCAUGCUGGUGUGUGCGGUGGGCAGUGGACGCAUGCAGCCAUGCACCCGAUGGGGCAGAACACACGUGUGCAGUAGGUGACACGUGUGGCGGCUGAGGGCGGCAGCUGCAGCUGUAGCUGCAGAUGCAGAACUGCAGGCAGCGGCGGGCGGAGCGGCCUGUCAGCAUACCGGUAGUAGCAGUUUGAUAGUGACGCCGGCGUUCAGGGAGGGCUUGUACAUGGAUUCAUUAUUGCAGCGCCGGCUUGCGACAGGAACCCGCCCGUGAUGUAACACACGUAAACGGACGGUGAUGCGCAAAUUAUGUUUUGCCGUGUUGGUUCGUGUGCAAAAGCGCCCGGCAGACGCAGAGCUCCAGCGUGUGGGGUGACCGGUGACAGGUGAAGCGGAGUGGAGCGCUCACGUCGUAACGCCGUUGCCAUGGCAGUCCGGGGUCAAGACUGACGUAAUCGACUUUGUUGUGCGCCUGUGCACCCUGAAAUGCAGACAGACAACGCAGGUAAGCGACCGCGUGUCAGAGGAAGUCCGACGCGGGGUCGCGGGGAUGGGGUCGCGGGGGUGGGGUCGCGGGGACAUUUUACUGCUUGGCCAGUGUGAGUCCUGCUUGUAAGGCGGGCGCCGG